CCGAAUUACAAGAUCCUGAAUAAGCUGCUUCAUCAGACAGACAGCUAGAAAAUCCUAUUUGCAAAAUAGCUCCCACCAGUUUCUUUUAUGUCCAAAGUGAGACUCAGGUUUUGGCUAGAAAAUACACUCCUGUCAGCGGUAAGGAAGAGGAAUGGUGUCUCUCCCCCUUUUCAGAAACACCAUUCCCUGGAUGAACGGACAGCAGGAGCGCAGUCUCACAGACGCAGGACUGACCCGAGUACAGUCACCGUCUCUCUCCCAACCCUGAGGGGGGAAAAUUCCUUUGUGGCACCUGGGGAAGAGAGUAUCCAAACGAGCUGGUCGGAGUCUGGCAGCGUGGGCAGCAGCGCGGCGACCACGGCUCCGGGCGCGAAGGUGUGUAAGGUAGGCGGGGUGAAGCACCCAGGAGCGGAGGGAAGAGCGCUGCACCCCCGCUAAGUCUCGCCGCGCUGGGCGCGUAUCUGGGCGGCCCCAGAAACCAGCAGAGGCAGACUUGGGACCCGGGCAGAGCAGGAGGUGGGCAGAGCCCCUUCCCCUGCUGCCGUUACCUGCAGCAGCAGAAGCGCAGCCGCUGGCUCUUGCUGGAUCCGCGCGUCCGCUACCGACUGGACAGCAGCUACCGCCUCCACUGCCUGCACCUGCGACUCAGUGGAUCCCUCUUUGGACAGGGCACCCCCACCCCGGGAAUCCCAACGCCAGGAGCCAUCCGUGGCCAUGGCGGGGGCUUCUCGGCACCCGACUGGGACGCCCAGCCAGCUCCUUGUGGCGCUCGCCUGCCUGCUCUUGAGUCGCCCUGCGCUGCAGGGACUGGCAUCCUCGCUUGGGACCGAGCCCGACCCGGCGCUUUACCUGCACGCCUGGGGUGCGCUUGAAGGCACUCGCCCCGACGGCCCUAGCGUGCUGAUUGCCAACCCUGGACUCCGUGUGCCCUUGGGUCGUUCCCUUUGGCUCGACCCGCUCCGGGACCUGGUGAUUGGAGUGCAGCCGGGGGACCGGUGCGAAGUCACGGUACUGGACGCCCUGCCUCUGCUCAAGGGCGCGCUCUCCCCGCGCCGCUUCCCCUGUGCCUUCGGGCCCCGCCAGGUCCAGUACACUCACUUCGGCUCCCACAGCCCCGGACGCGCCCGGGUGCUGCUGCAGCUGCGCUACGACGCCCCGACUCACACGCUGGUGCUGCCCUUCACGCUGGCGGUGGACGUGGUCUUUACCCAGCUGCAGCUGGUGACGCGCAACAGGCCUUUGGUAGUGGAGAAGCUGCAGGGCUGGAGCCGCGCCAUCGACAGGAGAGUGCUGGACUUCGCCUCCCUGAAGUCCAGAGCCACGGUCACCCGCAGGUGCCAGCUCACCCCACUUCCUCACGAGGACGGCCCCCUACCCAAGUACGGGCACUUAGUGGACGCGGUGGGGGCCCCUCUCCCCAGGGGCAAGCGCAUAGACUGUGAAGCUUUCCUCCGGGCUGGGGUGCGCUAUCAGCACACCGCUGCCUCCUCGCCCAACCGGGACUACUUGCCAAUGAUGGUGGAGCUGCUGGGGCCUAAGGGCCAGGACGCUGGGUCCACGGGUGUGCUGGUCCGCGAGCACUUCCAGCUGCUGGUGAGGAUCCUCGGGGGAGCCAAGAACACACCGCCCAGACCCAGCUUCAUGGCCACGAUGAUGAUGGAGGUGGAUCCAUUUGUGCUGACAGCCCUGACACCUGACGCACUAGCCGCGGAGGACGUCGAGUCAGACCCUGGCGACCUGGUGUUCAACAUUCUCAACGCCCCCACUCCCGCACCAGGGCAUCCGGGGCAGCAGGGCUACGUGGUCAGCACCGACGACCCUCUAGGCCUUCCAGUCUCCUUCUUUACCCAGCAGGAGCUGCGGGAGCUGAAGAUUGCCUAUCAGCCCCCUACAGAGAACUCCCAUGGAGAGCGCCUCUUUCAGCUGGAACUGGAGGUGGUGGACGGAGAUGGCGCCGCCUCAGACCCCUUUGCCUUCAUGGUGACAGUGAAAUCCAUGAAUACUCUGGUCCCAGUGGCUAGCCAUAACAGGGGACUUGUGCUUUUUGAAGGUCAGUCAAGGCCCUUGUCCAGCACCCACAGCGUUCCUAUCAGUGAUAAAGAUAACCUGGAAGAGGUGAAAAUGGCUGCAGUCAGGGGCUUGAGACAUGGGCAGCUGGUGGUGUUUGGGGCACCUGCUGGGUGCAAGUAUUUCACACCGGCGGACCUGGCAGCAAGGCGAGUGGUGUAUCAGCAUGAUGGCAGCAACACCUACAGUGACAACAUCAUCUUCCGGAUGGAGGACGGACACCACCAAGUGGAAUUUCUCUUUCCCGUCACCAUCUUACCUGUGGAUGAUGAACCACCAAUGGUCAAUACUAACACAGGACUCUCACUGACGGAAGGGCAGGUGGUCCAGAUCACUCCCUUUGUACUGAGUGCUACUGAUAUCGACUCUGAGGACUCAACCAUCCACUUUGUGCUAGAGAACCAGCUCCUAGAAGGAAAUAAGGAAGAGCCACAGUGGGAGCUGGCCCCUGGUUCCUCCCACUCAGGCCACUACCUGGGGGACAUGUUGCUGCGGCAGGCUGAACUACCUCUCUCCACUGAAGGUGGGGACUGGCACUACAUGGAAAAGGAACGGCUUUAUGAGAAAGUGGUGACUGAGUGGCUACAGAGAGACAUAAUGGAAGGGAGACUCUUCUACCGCUAUCUUGGACCACACAGCUCUCAAACUGUAAUGGUCCAGCUGGCUUUCCAUGUGCAGGAUGACCAUGACCCACCCAAUCUCUCCAACCAGCACAUUUUCACCAUCAAGGUCCAGCCAGCGGAUAUACUGAGUCCACAGCUGUAUCCAGGAACUACACUAGAAAUGACUGUACAAGAAUACCAACUCACUCACUUCCAGAAGAAAUUCCUCCGAUACAUUGACCAGGACUCUGAUGACCAGAACCUAUGGUACACCCUACUGACACUCCCGACUGACACAGAUCACAACCACCAAGUCCGGGCUGGAGAAAUUGUGCUCACUGAUUCACCAGACACACUCAUCAUGCACUUCACCCAAGCCCAGGUAAAUCAGCGUGAAGUUGCCUACCAGCCUCCACAGAAGUUGGGUAUUGCACCACGGGUUGUGCAGUUUACCUACCAGGUGGAAGAUGCUGCAGGCAAUAGCGUGCCAGGCACAUUUACAUUAUUCCUGCAACCUGUGGACAACCAGCCCCCAGAAGUCACCAACAGAGGCUUUACUGUCUUAGAGGGAGGCAGCUUUAACCUCAGCAGUAAUGAGCUGCAUGUUACAGACCCAGACACAGACAUUGACCAAAUUGUCUUCAUAUUAGUCCACGGUCCCCAACAUGGACGCUUGCAAUACUUUAAAAAAUGUAUGGUCCCAGGGGAAUCUUUCACGCAAGCUGAUAUUAUUAAUGGGAGUGUCUCUUACCAGCAUGGUAGAGACCAGACAACUACCAGUGACACUUUCCAUCUGGAAGUAAGUGAUGGGGUGCACCAUAUACCCAUCACCAUCCCAAUUUCCGUGCAUCCCAGUGUGGCUAACGAAAGUCCUAGGAUCUCUAUCACAAGUAGUUCAUUAUUGGAUGUUUCUAUAGAUGUACUAGAGAAUAAAGUCACUGAAAUUACCAUGGGUGUCAUCCAUGGUAAAAGGAAGGAUGUACAUCACUUGAUGCUGUCUUUCAUUGUAAAGGACAGCCCCAAAUUGGGCACUAUUCUGGUCAAUGGUUUGCCCACAGAACGAUUCACCCAAGAGGACCUCAUCAGUGGGAGAGUAGCCUAUGUCCACACUGGAGGUGAAGUUGGUUUUCAAAAGCAGCAUGAUGCCUUCAGCCUCAUCCUCUCCAAUGAUUCUUACCAAUGGGUAGUGGGGAAUAGCAUAAUAGAGAGAAUACAGGUACAAGUAACUGUGCUGCCUGUGGACAAUGUGGGACCUAAGGUCUUGGUGGAGGAGUCCUUCAUUGUCUAUGAAGGUGAGAAGAACUCCUUGACCUUACAACAUCUCCAUGUUGAAGAUGUGGACACUCCUCAAGAUGAACUCCUCUGCACAGUGACUAGUCAGCCAGCCUCUGGCUACCUGGAAAAUAUUGCACCAGCUCCUGGUUCAAAAAUGUCCCAGUCUGGUAGCCCCAUCAGUGCUUUCUCCCUCAGAGAUGUCCAAGUGAGGCAUAUCAAUUAUGUACAGAGUAUUCACAAGGGAGUAGAGCCACAAGAGGAUCAAUUCACCUUUUAUUGCUCUGAUGGCAUCAACUUCUCCCCAAGUGUCUUCUUCCCUAUAAUCAUCCUACCCACCAAUGAUGAGCAGCCUAAACUUUUUGCCCAUGAGUUUGAGGUACUAGAGGGGAUGAGCCUGGUCAUAGACACCCAGCUGCUCAAUGGAGCAGAUGCUGACCUGCCACCGAAUGAGCUCCACUUUCAACUCACAGCCCUCCCUCGGCAUGGACGAAUCAUAGAGCAGCUGGCUACAGGCAGCCAGCCCAUCCACAGCUUCACCCUCAAGGAGAUCCAGGAGGCCUCCACCAUUGUGUAUGAGCAUGAUGACUCAGAGACCAAAGAGGACAGUUUUGAGGUCUGGCUAAGUGAUGGCAAGCACACCACCCACAGGAAGGUACCCAUUGUAGUGACCCUAGUGGAUGAUGAAACUCCUCAGCUGACUGUCAACAGUGGGCUGAAAGUAGAGAAAGGACACUCUGAGAUCAUCACAAAUCGGAUCCUUAAGGCCACAGAUCUUGACUCAGAUGAUAAGAGCCUCAGUUUUGUCCUCCAUUCUGGGCCUCAACAAGGGCUUCUACAGAGGCUGAGAAAACCCAGAGGAGAAGUGAGGAACAAUCUUACUCUGGGAAUGAACUUUACCCAGGAUGAGAUUGACAGAGGCCUCAUCUGCUAUAUCCACACAGGCCAAGAAGGGAUUGUUGAUAUUAUCAAGUUUGAUGUGACUGAUGGGGUUAACACUUUGACAGACCACUACUUCUAUGUCACUAUUGGCAACUUAGACAAGGUCCUCCCUGAGGUAAUCAGCAAAAGGAUCACCUUAACAGAAGGUACCAGAGUGACCAUUACCAACAGUCUGCUUAGCAACAGUGAUAUCAACAGCUCUGAUGAACAUCACUUUAACAUUACAUGGGCUCCAAGCCUGGGUCACCUAGAAAGUUCUGACCAUGCUGGGGAACCCAUUGCCUCUUUCACUCAGCUUCAAUUGGCUAGCAACAAAAUAUCCUAUGUCCGUACUUCAAAUGAUGAGAAAAAGAUGGACAGCUUUGAGUUUCAAGUGAUCAGUGAACUCUACCCUGUGUCCAGAACCUUCAGGAUCUUCAUCACUGAUGUGGAUCAUAAGAAACCUAUCUUGACCAUCCAUAGACUAACACUACAGAAAGAGGCUAGCCAACUGAUCACUCCCCUUGAGUUGACAGUGGAAGACAAGGAUACCCCAGAUUAUCUUAUUCUCUUUACCAUCACCCAGGUCCCCAUGCAUGGCAAGAUUUUGUACAAUGGUAGCCAUUCUGUGACCACUUUCACCAAGCAAGACCUGAACAAGAACCUGAUUAGCUACAAGCACGACGGCAGUGAGACCACUGAAGAUAGUUUCUCCUUGACUGUGACAGAUGGCACUCACACUGAUUUCUAUGUCCUCCCAGACACUGCCCUGGAGACACACAAACCUCAAGUAAUGAGGGUCCAGAUAAGAUCAUUAGACAAUAGGCUUCCCCAGAUUACUAUCAACAGGGGUGCCCUAACCUUGAAGCACCUUCACACUGGACAUAUGGGCUUCUUGAUUACCAGUAAGUCUCUGAAGGCAGAAGAUCAGGACAGUCCCCACAGGCUUCUGAAGUAUAAAGUUACCAGAGGACCAGAGCAUGGCUUCAUUAUCAGAACUGGCCUUGGAAACCAGAGCACUCGAGUGUUUACACAAGCUGACAUUGAUGAGAUGAAGAUAUCCUAUGUCUUGAAUGAGGGCAGCAAUGCAUCAAAGGACAUCUUCUAUUUCUCUGUUGAAGACAAUGGAGGAAAUAGACUAACAAAUCAACCUUUCCAUCUAAACUGGGCUUGGAUUUGUUUGGAGAAGGAGUACUACAUUGUGGAUGAAGACUCCACAUUCUUAGAAGUGACACUUACACGCAGAGGAUACCUUGGAGAAACGUCAUUUAUCAGCAUUGGUACCAAAGAUGAAACUGCAAAAAGAGAUAAAGAUUUCAAAUGGAAGCCCAAUAAACAGGUCCAAUUCAAUCCUGGACAGACUACAGCCACAUGGAGGGUGAGAAUCAUACCUGACAAUGAAUAUGAGACUUCAGAGACCUUCCAGAUCAUUCUGUCGGAACCUCUCAUGGCUAUACUGGAGUUUCCAGAAAUGGCAACGGUUGAAAUUGUGGACCCUGGAGAUGAAUCAACAGUUUAUAUUCCAGAGGCAGAAUACAAAAUAGAAGAGGACGUUGGGGAACUUUUGAUUCCAGUAAGACGAUCUGGAGAUGCAAGCCAGGAACUAAUCGUCAUUUGCUCCACACGUCAAGGUUCUGCCACAGGUACGAUUUCUUCCACAGUGUUAUUCUCUGAUUACAUCUCACGUCCAGAGGACCACACCAGCAUCCUCCACUUUGACAAGAACGAGACACAGAAGACCUGCCGGAUCCUGAUCAUUGAUGACUCCCUUUAUGAAGAGGAGGAAUCCUUCAGUGUUUCACUGAGGCUGCCAGUGGGAGGACAGCUGGGAGCCAGAUUCCCCACCACCAAGGUCACUAUUCUGACUGAUCGUUAUGAUGAACCUGUCCUGCACUUUGGGGAUGCUGAAUAUCACGUCAAUGAAAGUGCUGGCUCUGUGGAGGUUUGUGUUUGGAGAAGAGGCACUGAUCUUUCCCAACCAUCAUCCAUCAUCGUGCGCUCCAGAAAGUCAGAGCAGGAGUCAGCAGAAGCUGGAACAGAUUAUGUUGGCAUCAGCCGAAAUCUGGACUUUGCUCCAGGCGUGCACCUGCAGACAUUCCGAGUGACCAUCCUUGAUGACCUGGGACAGCCCACCUUGGAAGGCCCAGAGAAGUUUGAGUUAGUUCUUCAGAUGCCUAUGGGUGCAGUGCUUGGAGAACCAAAUAAAACUACCGUUUUCAUCAAGGAUACCAUCACUGACUGUAAGCAGAGUGCUUGUAGUUCCUUUGAUUGAAAGACUUUAAGAGGGAAAAAAAAGCGUCAAGAUAUGUCUUCUAACAACAGAAUGAAACUCUACUGUUUAUAGAUCUUAGCAAUUCUGGGAUAUCAGUGAUAUUGUACCAUCAUUGGUGUUAUAUUCUGGUGAUAUGUGGAAAUGUAAUUUAUGUGACUGCAUGGAAAUAGAAAUAUAUAUACAUAGAAAACAUUGAGCCCACAAA